UAUAACUAUCAGUAAAAUCAACAGGCUCUCUCUUUCUUCCGUACCAUCACAUCCCAUUCCUCUUUGUUUUUUUCUCUCUUUCUGUACACUUAAGUGAGUUUUUUUUUUCUUUUCCGAUCUUUCAAAAGAUCCUGGUUACUAGCGCGAUCCAUUCACCGAUGUCCUUAUCGUCAUCGCGCGAUGGCAUUCUGCGAUUUUACAUCUUAUGGUCUCCGAUUACUAUGAUCACUGCCAAUCCGUCUUCUUGAAGUAUCAGUCACUGACGAUCGCACCAUUGGACAGAAAUCCUUCAAAAUGGGAAAGGAAAAGAUUCACGUUAACGUUGUCGUCAUCGGUCACGUCGAUUCUGGUAAAUCUACCACCACUGGCCACUUGAUCUACAAGUGCGGUGGUAUCGACAAGCGUACCAUCGAAAAGUUCGAAAAGGAAGCUGCUGAGCUCGGCAAGGGUUCCUUCAAAUAUGCAUGGGUCCUCGACAAGCUAAAGGCUGAGCGUGAGCGUGGUAUCACGAUCGACAUUGCUCUGUGGAAGUUCGAGACCCCCAAGUACAUGGUUACCGUCAUUGAUGCCCCAGGACACCGUGAUUUCAUCAAGAACAUGAUUACUGGUACCUCCCAAGCUGACUGUGCUAUUCUCAUCAUUGCUGGUGGUACUGGUGAGUUCGAAGCUGGUAUCUCCAAGGACGGUCAGACCCGUGAGCACGCCCUCUUGGCGUUCACCCUCGGUGUCCGUCAGCUCAUCGUUGCCGUCAACAAGAUGGACACGACUAAGUGGAGCGAGGAUCGUUUCAACGAAAUUAUCAAGGAAACCUCCACCUUCAUCAAGAAAGUCGGCUACAACCCCAAAGCCGUUGCAUUCGUCCCCAUUUCUGGCUGGCACGGUGACAACAUGUUGGAGGAGUCCCCCAACAUGCCAUGGUACAAGGGCUGGACCAAGGAGACCAAGGGCGGUGUUGUUAAGGGCAAGACCCUCCUCGAUGCUAUCGAUGCCAUCGAACCUCCUGUCCGUCCUUCUGACAAGCCCCUCCGUCUUCCCCUCCAGGAUGUCUACAAGAUCGGUGGUAUUGGCACUGUACCCGUCGGUCGUGUUGAGACUGGUGUCAUCAAGGCUGGCAUGGUCGUUACCUUCGCUCCUUCGAACGUGACCACUGAAGUCAAGUCCGUUGAAAUGCACCACGAGCAGCUUGUUGAGGGUCUUCCCGGAGACAACGUCGGUUUCAACGUCAAGAACGUUUCGGUCAAGGAUAUCCGUCGUGGCAACGUUGCUUCUGACUCCAAGAACGACCCCGCCAAGGAAGCUGCUUCCUUCAAUGCUCAGGUCAUCGUCCUCAACCACCCUGGUCAGAUCGGUGCUGGCUACGCUCCAGUGCUUGACUGUCACACCGCCCACAUCGCUUGCAAGUUCGCCGAGUUGAUUGAGAAGAUCGACCGUCGAAGUGGAAAGUCCCUCGAGGCAUCUCCCAAGUUUGUCAAGUCUGGUGAUGCUUGCAUCGUCAAGCUUGUUCCCUCUAAGCCCAUGUGUGUCGAGUCCUACAACGAAUACCCACCUCUGGGUCGCUUCGCCGUCCGUGACAUGAGGCAGACUGUUGCUGUCGGUGUCAUCAAGUCGGUCGAUAAGACUGACAAGUCUGGCGGAAAGGUGACGAAGUCUGCGGAGAAGGCUACCAAGAAGAAGUAAUAGAUGUAGAACUGCCGUAUCCAUAUUCUUUUCUUUCCGGCUUUCUGCUGUACGCUGUCUCUCUGGUGCCACCCAUACGGUAUUCAUACCUGCAAUGUGUUUACUAUCAUCAUUUGUAUGCACGAUUAACGAAGCUGGCAGCGAGGUCAUGACCAGUGGCCUCGCUCGCCUGUUGAUUAAUGUCGCGGAGAUGUUGUCUCGAAUAAGAACGAAGGGAUUUAAUUGUAUCAAUAUUUUUAUUCGUCGUCCUCUCUUCCAUUGCAAUCGACGUGCAUCAAAGCUUCAG